AUGAUCCUCAGCAUAGCAUCCAAUUUAAAUAGAAAGAACUUGCUGCUGACAGGCAGAAUGGAUCGAAUCAUUCGAGUCUGGAAUCCUUAUCUGCCUGGAAAACCAACAGGUAUGCUGAAAAGCCACACGGCUCCAGUGAUCUACAUCCAUGUAUCUGCUGAGGAUAACAAAAUAUUCUCUAUGUCCACCGACAACACUAUUAAGAUCUGGGAUCUAGAGACGGACAGCUGCUUGUUUACCGCAUCCUCCAAAGCCGGCGGUAUUAAGGGGGACUUUGCAGCCUGCCUCUACCUCCCUGAAUCCAGAUCCCUGUGUGUGGCCACUGACACGGUAGCACUCCUACACCUGAGACUGAGAUCUCCGCCAGAGCCGUGCCUGGUGGUUUCCCACCAAAAGCCCGUGGUGUGCUGCCGCUACAACCUGGCCUUCAGGCAGGUGGUCAGCUGCUCCGAAGCAUCUGUGAUAAAAGUGUGGGACUUCGAAACAGGAAGACUGUUGUCUGGAUUUACUGGGGCUCAUGACAAUGCUGGAAUCACAUGUCUGACCUUUGACACCAGUGGAAGAAGGCUAAUCACCGGGGGCAGAGACGGCUGUCUGAAAAUAUGGAGCUACAACAACGGACAUUGUCUGCACACACUGAAACACGAUGAAAAGCAAAGUGAAGUCUGUGAUUGCACCUACGUGGAGGUGAACCAAAAUAAGUGUAUCAUAGCUGUUGGAUGGGACAGAAGAAUAAAUGUAUAUUUUGAUGCACCACGUGACUUUCAUCACUUCUGGAAGCCCCAGCCACACUGGCAGGAUGACCUGAACCACGGGCACAAGGAGGACAUCCUGUGUGUGGCUCAGUGCCCACCUUUUCUUCUUGCCACCUCCAGUUAUGAUGGGGAGGUCAUCAUUUGGAAUGUCAUCUCAGGCCACAUAUACUGCAAGCUGAAUACUCCCACCCCCUCUGAUGAUGCAGAAGAUGGAAAGGGCCCAGACCGGUGUGUUUCCUGCCUCAUCUUCCUGAAGUCUCGGGCUGCCAAGUUUGAAUCAGCGGCUGCUUCCCUCAUCACCAAUGGGCCUGGAGGUUCUGUCACCUUCUGGAAGCUGUUUGGUGGGGCCUGUCCCAUUGCAAACUUCACUCCCUCCAGGGACAAAACGCAGGUCAGCAGCAUCGCGGUGACAGCAGGAGAUGCCCUUGUCUACGUGACUGACCAGGAAGGUUUUGUGCACGUUUAUGACAUCAAAGAGUAUGGCCUACAGGGACCUGAGCUGCAGUCCCCCAAGAAUGUGACAUUCUGGCAGGCCCAUGUCAGUGUGGUGACAUCUCUGGAGCUGAUAGAAGAAAAGUUUCUGCUGUCGUCCUCCCUUGACCGCACUGUGCGCCUGUGGAGUGUGGACGGGAAGUACAUAGGAACUUUUGGGCAACAAAGCCCCUGGGAUAUUUUCACUCCUGCCUCCUAGAGCCACCCUAGAGUGCCCUGUGAAAUUUUGACAGAUCCCCAGAGCACACCUGCUCACCCAGUGCUGGGAGGGGAUGUGGCUGUUCUGCACACAAAGGAGGAGGAACAAGACAAGGUGGUAGAGGAAAAGGCAAAGUUGGUCCCUGCACAUCCAAUUCACAUCUUCGCAUUUUGGAAUUCUGUGGCUUGGAAUACAAAUUGCAACCUGAAAGAGUCAAGGAAUGACCCAGAGAACCAACCUGAAAAGACCCCUAAUCCUCGCUCUCCAGAAGACCCCAUCCCUAAAGUUGAAAUGAAAGAAGACAUAGAUCAAUGGCUGCCGCUGGACUGGAACCCGCCUUCCAGGAGAACAUGUGGGCUGGGGUGGUCAAGCAUCUACCAGACCCUCCGGUGCCACGAGGUCGCCUGCACGUCCGCUGUCAGGGAGAAGCCAGACUUGUCUAUUAUCAGCUCAGAUUUGUUUAAAGUAAAUUUCCUCGUGAAGGAACAAGAAGGAGGUGAAGCUGCCCAGAAGGAGCACUGA